ACGUGACCAGGGGCGUGCUGCGGCCGCCCGGGCGGACCCGGCGAGAGGCGGCGGCGGGAGCGGCGGUGAUGGACGGGUCCGGGGAGCAGCCCAGAGGCGGGGUUUCAUCCAAGAUCGAGCAGGGCGAAUGGGGGGAGAGACACCCGAGCUGGCCCUGGAGCAGGUGCCCCAGGAUGCGUCCACCAAGAAGCUGAGCGAGUGUCUCAAGCGCAUCGGAGAUGAACUGGACAGUAACAUGGAAUUGCAGAGGAUGAUCGCAGCUGUGGACACAGACUCCCCCCGCGAGGUCUUUUUCCGGGUGGCAGCGGAGAUGUUUUCCGAUGGCAACUUCAACUGGGGCCGGGUCGUUGCCCUCUUCUACUUUGCCAGCAAACUGGUGCUCAAGGCCCUGUGUACCAAGGUGCCCGAGCUGAUCCGGACCAUCAUGGGCUGGACACUGGACUUCCUUCGAGAGCGGCUGCUGGGCUGGAUCCAGGACCAGGGUGGUUGGGACGGCCUCCUCUCCUACUUUGGGACACCCACGUGGCAGACAGUGACCAUCUUUGUGGCCGGAGUGCUGACUGCGUCACUUACCAUCUGGAAAAAGAUGGGCUGAGGCCACCAGCUGCCUUGGACUGUGUCUUUUCUGCAUAAAUUAUGGCAUUUUUCCGGGAGGGGUGGGAAUUGGGGGCCAUGGGCAUUUUUCUUACUUUUGUAAUUAUUGGGGGGGGGGAUGUGGGGGAGGAGAGGUCUGGUGGGGGGCAAUAAACCUCUUUCAGGCCACA